AAUAACAUUUUGUCUGUCUCCCUUAGGUUACCUUGGUUACACCAGUGGUCUCUCUCUGCUCUGCAUGGUGUUUUUUCUGAUUGUGGUGAUCAUAAAGAAGUUCCAGAUCCCAUGCCCUCUACCUCUUCCUGACACGGGAAAUGAAACCAUGAAUAUGUUCAACAUCACCCCCCACAGCGACAACGUCACUAUAGAUGAUGACACUUGCAAGCCUAAAUACUUUGUCUUUAACUCACAGACUGUCUAUGCUGUACCCAUCAUCACUUUUGCCUUCAUGUGCCAUCCUACUAUCCUACCCAUGUAUGAUGAGCUCAAAGACCGCUCACGCCGAAAGAUGCAGAAUGUGGCCAACGUUUCCUUCCUGGCCAUGUUCAUCAUGUACCUGCUGGCCGCCCUCUUUGGAUACCUCACCUUCAACAUCCAUGUGGGACCUGAGCUGCUCCACACCUACUCAAGGUACUACAGGGAUGAUAUUUUCCUGCUGGUUGUUCGCCUGGCUGUGCUGGCCGCUGUCACACUCACAGUUCCUGUGGUCCUCUUCCCUAUUCAUACCUCAGUCGGCCACCUGCUGUUCCCAGGAAAAGACUUCAGCUGGAUCCGUCACGCUAUCACCACCCUGACCCUGUUAGCAGGAACCAGCAUUCUGGUCAUCUUUGUCCCCAGCAUCAGAUAUAUUUUUGGCUUAUCAAUUUCACUUAAACAGGACCUAUUCAAAAUGUCUACGAUGACUUUUCUCAGUGUCAUUACCAGGAGUUCCAGAGUGUCUGACUUGAGUUUCGCGCUGCUGUUUGUGUGUGGCAGCUUUACUACUGCUGAGAACCUGUGUGCCUACAAUUUUUACUUACUAUAUGCUAUUUUUAUAUAUUUAAGCAGUAUAUAUUUCUUAAAUAUAAUGGAUUACUAAAUGUGUUUUUCAUGUGAACUACUUUGUUUGAAAGACUGAAGAGAAUUAUUUUGGAGCGUCAAAUGAAUCUUUGUUUUGUAAAGAGUUUUCUCCAAGUGUAGCUAUAACUGUUACUUUUUUCAGAGGUUGAGCAAAUCAUGUUUAUGUUUUUUCAAUUUAUUUAACUGAAAAAACUCUUUAUUAUGUUACAAACAUUUAGAGACUAUCUCCAGAACUGAAAUGGUUAUUAAGUUUGCUGCCUGGCACGUUUUGCUCAUAUUUCUGUCCUUAGUUGUAUAUUAGGUACUGUAACUGAUAAACUGUAGAUUCUGUAGUGGGAAAAUUUUGUGCUGCACCAUGUAGAAGGUUUUCUCUUGAUCCAAAGUUGCUGCAUCAGUUCGGCUGAAUGUAAUUCCAUUUAUUAUCAGAACAAUAAAUGGAAACAGUUUUCAACAGAUUUCAUUUCAAUGCACUUCAGAAAGCAAACUAAAUUGAUAUGCAACAUAUAGAAAUACACUUUGUAAUUCAGUUAACUCCAGGGAAUCAAAUAACAUUUCUUUUAGAUCCAGUUUCAUACUGCACAGUUCAAGUUAUAGUACAAAGCACCCAAGUUCAGUUGAUGCAAAUUCAUCAAAGUUAUCUAAACCAACUCAAACCUUAGUUGUGACGUCGCAGCAAUCCCUCAUGCUGAGCAAGCAUGUGGCGACAGUGGACAGCAACCACUUUCUAUUGAUUAGAAGAAUCCUUUAGUGAGGUUAAAAUAACAAGUUUCAGAAAACUAAAAAAAAUCAGUACACUGAGACAGAA